CCCUCAAUUCGACUGCAUUCGAUAUGGCCGCCAUGAUACCAAGUUCUUGUCAUAUGCUUGGAAACCUGCCGCCGGUUCUUGCAACUUUCCCAAGUUUAAUGGUGUGGAUUUGUUGAGAAGAUGGAAGUGGAAGAAGAUAAUGUAUGUGGGCGACUCACUGAGUCUUAACAUGUGGCAGUCCAUGGCCUGCAUGCUCCAUUCCUCCCUACCCCAACCCGCCAAUAUCUCCUAUCACAGGGACGCACCCACUCCCAAUGUAACCUUUUUGGAUUAUGGAGUGACAUUAUAUCUCUAUCACUCAACUAACUUGGUGGAUAUAGUACGUGAAAAGAAAGGCAGGGUCUUGAAAUUGGAGUCCAUUGACCAAGACGGUGCUGCACUUUGGAAAACAAUGGACGUGCUGAUCUUCAACACUUGGCACUGGUGGACUCACACCGGAACGUCUCAACCAUGGGAUUUUAUACAAGUAGAUUCUACACAUAUGGUGCCAGAUAUGGACCGUUUGAAAGCAUUCGAGAAAGCAUUCACAACUUGGAGAAACUGGGUCGUUGACAAUGUCAAACCUGACAAGACCAAAGUCUUCUUCCAAGGAAUUUCUCCUUCUCAUUAUCUGUAAGCACUUAAACUUCCAAUAAUCAAUCCUAAUUCGUAGUUUCGUAUUACCAACUUAUGAAGUAUCAAAUAGGAAGUACUUCUUCCACACCAUUUUAUAUGAAUAAUUUU